AUUUGAAAAACCGCCUCUCCUGGCCUUUCCUCCCUCCUCCCUCCCGGAGAAAGUCUCUCUGCCUCUGCUCUGGUCCGCCCUUUGGGGUCUCGCGCUCGCGACUCCUUGUCCUCGGGCGGCGCGCCUCGCCACUCGCCAUGGCCGCCUCCUCUUCCGAGGUGAGGGCCGCGACCGCGAGCAGGAGGAUCGUCGAUUACCUCAACGACGGCGAGGAGCUCGGGGCCGAGGGCGCGGUGGUGGAGACGCCGCCGUGCACCCCUGCGGCGGCGGCGGCGGCGGCGGUUGCGGUUGCGGUUGCGGUGGGGGAACCGGCGAGGUCGUUGGCGCUGCCCAGGUUCAGGUGGCCGCGGCUGGUCAGGCACAGGCUCCGGAGAAAGGGAGGCGACGACAAGGGGAAGCAGGAGGAGGUCGUGGUGGACAAGGGCGACGACCUUCCCGUGGCGGCCGCCGUGUCUACCUCAGGAUGCUUAUCAUCAGCGGCGAGCGAUAAGAGGCAUUCCGACCUCGGCGUCGGGCUAAGCCUGGUGUUCCUCCUGGCCAAGACGUCCGACGAGUUCAACAAGAUGGUGAAGGUGCGCACGGAGAUGGAGGAGCUCCUGAAAGAGAUCAGAGACGAGGUUCGGAUCAAGAGCGGCGGCACCGGUGCCGGCACCGGCACAGAGGGCGCCCACGACGCAACGAAGGACCGCAACCGCGAGUCCACCACGUCGAGCUGCAUCACUACCGACGGCAACGAGGUCCAGAGCGCUCGCGCUCGCAUGGAGUACCAGGCCGCCGCCUCGUCGUCUGGCGUGGAGCUCGCGGGCUACGAGAAAGAGAAGUCGUCGUCCGAGGAGGGUGGAGGUUGCUGUGCGAGGAUGGACGUGCUCGAGGAGGAGUUCCACGCCGAGAUGGAGCUGCUUCAGGUUAACUACGGCUCCUCAGAGACACCGUCGUUUCUGCCUGACCCUGAAGAAGAAGAGGAGCACUAUUCCGAGCCGUACGACGAGAUGGCCGACUACCGUAAUGGAAUUGAUGACGAUUCAGGGGGAGUUGUUGAGGACGACGACGAUGGCGAUGGCGACGACGACGACGACGACGGUAACGCUGAGUAUAACGGAGUUUCUGCCGUACAGCUAGAGAGAAGGCUCCACGAGCUUCUCCAUGAAAGAAACCGGGACAGGAUUGAGGAGCUGGAAGCUGCGCUGCGGUGUGCGGAGCAGAAGCUCGUUGAGAAAGAAAUGGAGGUGUCCUUGUGGAAAGACACGGCUAAGUUUGCACUGAGAGAGGACAAGGAGCUGCAGUGACAGUGAGCAUCAAAGUUCGCCCGCUCUGUUUCAGUCAUACAACUCUUUUGCGCACGAUUCAUCGGCUGUACAUGAUCACGGCCGAAGGAGGAUUUUGGGCAAACAAGGUUUGCCAUGGCGAACUGGAGAAUGGAUCUCUGUGGAAGAUAUAGUGAACCUGUUCAUACCAAAGUUUAGUGUUAGCAUAUUAGAUCUCCAGAGAACGUUUUGGGUUCCGGUAAAAUCAGUAGAAUACUGUGUAACAGUGUAAGUUAGCCUCACUGGUGUACGGAUCCAUAUACGAGAUUGGAUACUGCAUGUUUCUGCUUGCGCAGCCCAUGACAUGGAUGGAUCAUGUAUUCAUGUGUGAAAUCAGACUUCUCGUGUUUGUCUUUUAAAAUUUGUCCACAAAUGUGAACACUUCUAGACAGAUUUAACACUGUAACUUAUGGCAUUGAUUACCCAAAUAGUGAAAUAGGCAAGAUUCAA